AUGAGUUGCUUUCCUUGUUUUUCAUGCAACGACAAGAAAGCAGCACAGAAGAAGCCCAAACAAGGAAUUAGGGCACAAAUGCAACCAUGUCAGCCUCAAAAAGAAGCCCUGCUUCCUCACGUCCGCCCAGAAGAGAAUAAUUAUUCUUCAAAGCCAAGUGAGGGAAGACCAAAUAAUAAUAGCAAUGCAAACAAAGAUGGCGGCAACAAUAACAUCGUCGCCGAAACUUUUACCUUUCGAGAAUUGGCCGCCGCCACCAGGAACUUUCGGCGAGAAUGUCUCAUUGGUGAAGGUGGUUUCGGAAGAGUUUAUAAGGGAAAACUCGAUAAAACCAACCAGAUUGUAGCUGUGAAACAGCUCGACAGAAAUGGAUUGCAAGGGAAUAGAGAGUUCCUUGUUGAAGUGUUGAUGCUAAGCCUCCUGCACCAUGAAAAUCUGGUGAAUCUUAUUGGAUAUUGUGCGGAUGGAGAUCAAAGAUUAUUGGUGUACGAGUACAUGCCUUUGGGAUCUGUAGAAGACCAUCUUCUUGAUCUAGAACCGCACGAGAGGCCAUUAGAUUGGGGUGUGAGGAUGAAGAUAGCUUUGGGAGCAUCGAAAGGUCUGGAAUAUUUGCACGACAAGGCGAAUCCUCCUGUGAUAUACCGAGACUUGAAGGCCUCAAAUAUAUUGCUGGACAAGGGGUUUCAUGCAAAACUGUCGGAUUUUGGAUUGGCCAAGCUUGGACCCACAGGAGACAAGUCUCAUGUCUCCUCCCGAAUUAUGGGAACCUAUGGUUACUGUGCUCCUGAGUAUCAAAGAACUGGUCAGCUCACUGUCAAAUCUGAUGUCUACAGUUAUGGUGUCGUUUUGCUAGAACUCAUCACGGGAAAGCGAGUGAUUGACAACACCAGACCCACCCGCGAGCAAAAUCUUGUUUCUUGGGCACGACCAAUAUUCAAGGAUCCCAAUAGAUACCUAGAGCUGGCUGAUCCCCUUCUUCAAAGAAACUUCCCUGUCAGAGCCUUUAACCAAGCGGUGGCAGUGGCCGCCAUGUGCCUUAACGAGGAACCCUCUGCCCGACCCUUGAUCAGCGACGUAGUCACCGCCCUCACUUUUCUCGGCACAGGCUCCGAAGCCGACCACCCUUCCCCCGCCACCGACAUUUCGCCCUCCCCAACGCAACCACAUUCCAACCUUCUUGAUAACGACAACGAUGCCGAACGUCAGCGAGCCGUUGCUGAAGCCAUAAAAUGGGGUUCGGCUUCUAGGAAUAAUGCUGUACACACAGCAAAUGCAAAUUCUCCCUCUUUGUAA